CUGCUUAGAGAUGUCUGAAUAUGUCAAGAAUCACUUCAGCUGCCGCACGCUUUCAAACAGCACACCAUCUCGUCCAGUGCCGCUGCGAGGAAAGAGUUUCAUAUUUGCCGUUUAGCUUCAGAAGAUUAUGAGGAAUUCCUUUGCGAUUGCCGUGCGUAACGAGCCUCCAGUGCACAGGGGUGAAGGAAGAACAGCUGGAGCGCUGUCCAGGGUCCUGAAGUCAAGAAGCCAGAGGUGCUGAAGAGAGCACAGGCAUUCACAGAGGACUGUAUGUCUAUGCCAAUCAAGCCUUGAGAUGACUCGGAAAAGGCUGCGUUCUGUGGCUGUCUGGGGAUUCAUUGCGUGGCAAAUAGGAAUUCUGUUGAGUUUGGUAGCAUCAAAAAAAACAGAAAACUCUCAAGGAGAAAAAGCAUCGUCACCCUCUGACUUCCUUGACAAGCUCAUGGGAAGAACCUCAGGUUAUGAUGCCAGAAUUAGGCCCAACUUUAAAGGUCCACCUGUGAAUGUAUCAUGCAACAUAUUCAUUAACAGUUUUGGCUCCAUUGCAGAGACAACUAUGGAUUACAGAGUGAACAUAUUUCUCCGGCAGAAGUGGAACGACCCUCGGUUAGCUUACAGCGAGUACCCAGAUGACUCCCUGGACCUGGAUCCCUCAAUGUUAGACUCCAUUUGGAAGCCUGAUCUUUUCUUCGCCAACGAGAAGGGAGCGCACUUCCACGAAGUCACCACUGACAACAAGCUCUUGAGAAUAUUCAAGAAUGGAAAUGUCCUCUAUUCAAUCAGACUGACUCUGACGCUCUCGUGUCCGAUGGAUCUGAAGAAUUUCCCCAUGGAUGUGCAGACGUGCAUAAUGCAGCUGGAGAGUUUUGGCUACACAAUGAAUGACCUGAUUUUUGAGUGGCAAGGGAAGGGACCUGUACAGGUGGCCGAAGGUUUGACGCUCCCACAGUUCAUCCUCAAGGAUGAGUCUGAUUUAAGAGACUGCACCAAGCACUACAACACAGGCAAGUUCACAUGCAUUGAGGUACGUUUUCACCUGGAAAGACAGAUGGGCUACUACCUGAUCCAGAUGUACAUUCCCAGCCUGCUCAUCGUCAUCCUGUCCUGGGUCUCCUUCUGGAUCAACAUGGAUGCCGCUCCUGCCCGUGUUGCCCUGGGAAUCACCACAGUGCUCACAAUGACAACUCAGAGCUCUGGAUCCAGAACAUCCUUACCUAAGGUGUCUUACGUGAAGGCAAUUGAUAUCUGGAUGGCUGUGUGCUUGUUAUUUGUCUUUUCUGCCCUGUUGGAGUAUGCUGCAGUCAACUUUGUUUCACGGCAACACAAAGACCUCUUACGAUUCCGACGGAAAAGGAAGAAGUCUGGCAAGACUUUCGAUCAAACAUUUGAUGAGGAGCUUACUGAGUCAUUGCAUCAUAUUGAUGGCCUACGCAGUGCUGAGCCAGUUUACGGAUCAAUGGGCCAACUCAACGAAUCCAAUGACAGGGAGGAGGAUGUGCGGGAGAGCCGGUUGAGCUUCACGCCCAAUGCAGGGAAAGACGGAGCCGUGCCCAAAGCUGCUAAUAAUGCGGCCACAACACCUUCUGGCCCAGCCCUUUCUGCCAGCAAGAGUCAUGAGGAGAUGAGAAAACUCUUCAUCGACCGAGCCAAGAAGAUCGACACUGUGUCCCGUGCCGGAUUCCCACUGGCCUUCCUGUUUUUCAAUAUUUUCUAUUGGGUUCUUUACAAAAUCCUACGUCACGAGGAUGUGCACAAGCCAUAGAUGGAACAUGGCGCGUUGCACCUUGGGAGGUACGGUAGUAAAACAGCAAAGCUGCAUCAAUGAACUCUGAUGUUUCCUGCCAAGAUCUAUGCUAAAAUGACUAUGAAAAACUGUGAUGUCAAGGACCGGUGGUUAAUUUCAAUAGUUUGUUUGUGUUGUACACCCAUACGAAGACACUGCACUCACUAUGCAAUGGAUAGGCAUCCAUAGGGCCUCUGACACACCUGUCCCGCAACAGAAGUGGUCAGCACUUCUACACACCUGUUUAACACAGAAGCACAGUCCGAUACUGACUACAGCCCCUCGUAGUGACAGAUGUAUGUGUCUUGCACUGGUUUUGUCAACUCUGUUGUCUUACAACUUUACUGCCAAUGUUCUGUGUUGUAUUUUUGAUAUACAGCUAUUGAAAAAUGGCAAGAGUGCAAGAGCAGAAAUGUAUAUUAUACAAAUAUCCAAACACAAACUACUAAUGUAGAUUAUUUUAUAAGAAAGAGUUGACUAUUGGUCAGUGCAAUGUAUCCUCAAUCAUUUUGUCCCAAACCUGAUUGUUGACCAGCUCUAGAAACCAGCAUCCAGGCCAAAAACAUUCUGAGCUAAAUCUCAAGAAUGACCCUGAACCAGCAAAGGAGACUAUUGUGUUUACAGCUAGUUUAUAUGAACACUUUAACUGCUUCAAGGAAACACAUUUCGAAAACUUUAAUGGGUAGCGUACUGUCAGUAAGCAUAAAGAAAUUGAAACCAUCCUUCAAGUUUUUCUCAAACAAAAGCAUUAUUGUUCGAAAACCAUUGCCAGUCACUUCAAACUAAUGAUGCCACCGCAAAAUAAUGUGGCUGGGAGUGAAUACUGUCACACAUGUGUUGCAAAUUCAUGAAUGGAGAAAUUAAUUCAAGGAGUCCUCAGACAAAAAAAAAUAGUAAUGCAAAAAAUAUAAAUGAGAUUCAUAAUUAAGAACAUAAUUUGAGUGGUUUUAAACUAAUCUAACUGCAUGUAUGGUGAUUGUACAACAAUGAAUUCUGAAUAGACGUUAUUAAAUUAUACUAAAAGAGAACAAUAUAUAAUUCUGCCUCUGAAGAUAUCCCUAAGGUAUUGCGAAUAUAUUUAAAAACAUGUCGUGGGAAAAUGAGUACUUGGAAUCGAUAUUUAUCAAUGUUAUCAAUAUUUAUUUUGUCGAAAUUCAGAAUUAUCCGUUCACUUAUAAACACUGUUCAAAACAGUUCAAAUACUGGGACCAGACUUUCUUAAACCUUUUUUGUUUUGUUGUCUUUUCUUUUCAAAAUGAUCUGCUGAAAGACUGUGCCAUACAAAUGAUCAAAGCAUAUAGCCUCACACAUUCCUAAGAGUAAAUAGAGCAGUGCUGCUGUGUUUUGAACACUAACAUCGGCAUUUGGCACAUACAUUCAUCAUGGAAAGGACACAAGAAGUUCAUGGACAUUUACAGUAUAAUGCAAGAGCAUUUGUAAUUUAUUUUGUAGAAACAUUAUUAAAUGUUAUGCAUGAACUCAAGUCUGUUAUACUUCAUUUUCAGUGUGAAUUGGACCAGCAGUCAAUGUUCUCGCUGCUAUUAUAAGAGGUGAGGCACAUAUGAAGAGUUC